UGUUGAACCCUGGAAUUAAUCAUAAUCUUGACAACGUCGCUUUAUGGCGACUCACUCAUACUGCGAGUCCUAUUUCAAUGUUGAUAAGCACCUGCGUAUAGCAGCCCCUUCCCCUUGUUAGCUAGUUCGCCAAUACAUCUCCUCGUCGGACCACGUUCUCUGUUUUCUUUCAAUAAAAUAUGUAAUUCUUAAUCCAAUAAUGACUACUCCGAAAAAUACCCAAAACACCUAUCCUCAUUAGGUUAUGGGCCCAGGAUUACGCGGAACGCGACGCGGUAUUGUCGUCCUAUGGAUUAAUGUGUUUUGUGGUUCCUGUGGAAUAAUGUGACUCGAUGCUCGGAAAAGGGCAGAAACUGAAAACUACUUUCAUCAUGUUGUGCACCAAAUAAUAUAAACUAAAACCCCGUUCUUUGUGUCUAAAAUUAAAAAAAUUUAAAACCAUCUUGUGAAGGGAUGAAAUAAAAAUUAAAAAUUAAAACCCCAUUUGUGAAAAAUAAAAUUAAAAUUAAAAUUAAAAAAAAAAAAAAAUUAAAAAUUUGUGAAGAACUGAAGUGACGGUAGUUAAUUCUGAACUUUGUGAAACCAGAAGUUCAGGAAAAUUGAAAUAACUUUGAAUUUUUUAAAAUACGGAACUCUUUGAACUUUUGAAAGAUAAGAAAAAUUAAAAUCAUUCUGAACUUUGUGAAAUCUGAAAGAAUAAAGUAAAAAUUAAAAAUGGAUAACAUCAAGCGCGAUGAACUUAGAGACAUUGAAAAACUGAAAGAUACCAGCAAUUUUCAAUUUUGGAAAUUCCAAGUUACAAUUGUUCUGAAAGCCGGAAACGCGUACGAGAUAAUGACGGGACAAAGUGUGAAACCUACAGCGGAUGGAGAAGAUGGAAAGAAGGACCAAAAACAACUCAAGGAAUGGCAGAAAGGAGACGCUCUUGCACAAAAAGUGAUCGUCCAAACGGUGGAGAGAAGUGUGAUGAUUCAUCUCAUGAACUGUGACAGCGCAAAAGCAAUGUGGGACGUACUUCUGAAACUUUAUGAACGAGAUGACACCGAACAAAGAUGCCAACUUCUGGAGGAAUUUUUCAACGCUAAAUAUCAGAAAGGUACUUCCAUCAUGAGCCAUGUGAGUACUCUGGAAAAUCUCUACACAAGACUGAAUGCUAUUAAGGGAAACGUGUCUGAGCAAAUGUUAAUAACUAAAAUUAUAACAACCCUACCUAGUCAUUACAGCUAUUUUUCUGCAGCUUGGGAAGCCACAGCUACUGAGACUUUAUGCUGA